AUGAUCGUCUUGCCCACCAGCAGAGGGAGCUAAAUACCCAGCUUGUCCAGCUCCUGGGACAAUUUAGCUGAUGUCAAGCAUUCAGUGGCGAAACCACCAGCAGUGCAGUGUGGACAGGUCAAGUGCUCUUAGGAAUGGAAGGCUUUUCGCACCCUCUGAUGCCAUCAUAUUUUUCUGGAGAUACAUCCCCAAGGAGACUGUCUUCACCGUGAAUGGCCUGAAGUGCAACGUGGCCCAGAGCAACCUGAAAGUAAUUGCUGCUACAAACACAUUACAAAGUUCAGACCUUAUCAACACGGAACCCUCUGCAGAUUUCCCCCCUGGAGGCAGCAGGUUAUGUAGCAGCAUCACGCCCUCAUUUACACUUUUAGAAGGACUUUGACAAGAGUUCGCCCAGCGGUCAUGGGUUUGCCCGCCACCUGAUUGCUUGCAUAAAGGCAGCAAAAGGGGUGGAGGCAUCAUCAAAAACCUCUGUCUCUCUUUUGCUCCGAUUCCAUUAAUUCACCAACCCUAUUCCCUCCAUCCGGCACUAUGGACAUGUGCAAGAUGGAUCCGAGGCCUCCUAAAGAGCACAGGGGCGACAAAGUGAGUGUGACCGUGCCAGGACCAACCCUAACAUUUCAGAACAUCCGGUACGUUGUGAGAGAGAACCGGGGACCCUGCCGCAAAAAAGCACCUGAAAGGGACAUCCUGAAAAAUGUCAGUGGCAUCAUGAAAACGGGACUGAAUGCGAUCAUGGGUGCAACUGGAAGUGGCAAAACAUCACUAUUGGACGUCAUUGCUGGAAGGAAAGACCCUCGUGGCAUGAGAUCAGGUCAGGUUUUGGUUGAUAACAAGUUUGUGACCCCUGAACUGCGCCUUAUGUCCGCCUAUGUUGUUCAGGAUGACAUCCUUAUGGGCACCCUGACUGUCCGAGAAAAUCUCUUGUUCUCUGCAAACUUGAGGUUGCCACGGCAACAGUACUCUGUUGCACACAAAGAAAAGAAAGUGAUGAACAUCAUCCAGGAUCUUGGAUUGGAGGACUGUGCUAACACCACGAUAGGUACAGAGUUUCUGAGAGGUGUGUCUGGUGGAGAGAGGAAGCGCUGUAGCAUAGGCAUGGAGCUCAUCACAUCUCCAUCCCUUCUCUUCCUGGAUGAGCCAACAACUGGCCUGGACUCCAACACAGCCAACAGCAUCAUGGGACUUCUACACAAGUUGUCUCGUAGUGGGAAGACCAUUAUUUUCUCCAUUCAUCAACCACGUUACUCCAUCUUCAGACUCUUUGACCAUCUGACUCUGCUGCAUAAAGGAGAGACGGUUUAUGCUGGUCCAGCCAACAAUGCAAUUCAGUACUUUCAUGAUCUAGGCUAUGAAUGUGAGGCAUUCAACAACCCAGCAGAUUUCUUUCUGGACAUCACAAAUGGAGAGGCCUCUACUUCAGUGCCAACUGACAAAUCUUUAGCUGAGCUCUACAGAGACUCUCAGUAUUGUGCUGAUGUGACAGAGGAGUUGAUGCACAUUGCUGGCCCAGCAGAUUCUCCAAUCUCAGAAAAGGGAGCAUCGCUGUCCUAUGUUACGUCCUUCUUCUAUCAGUUGAAGAUAGUGUGCUGGAGAGCGGUGUUGAACUUGGCGAGGAAUCCACAGACCUCCUAUGCUCAGAUAAUCCUCAACAUAUUCUUUGCGGUGCUGGUGGGCCUUAUCUACUUCCAGAUGCCUCACACCCUACCUGAAGCCCUGCAGAACAGAACCGGAGCGUUCUUCUUCCUUGUCAUCAACAUGGUGUUUGCCAACUUAUCGGCAGUGGAGCUCUUCAUCAACGAGAGAGCCCUGUUUGUGCAUGAGAACUCUGGGGGGUAUUACCGCACCUCUGUGUACUUCCUGUCCAAAGUGUUUGUAGAUUUGAUACCAAACCGCAUCGUCCCAAUCCUUAUUUUCUCUGCCAUCGCCUAUUAUAUGAUGGGGCUGAAGCCGGCCUUCACUGCGUUUCUGUGUUUCUCGCUGACCAUGUCUCUGGUCAGUCUUGCUGCAGUGAGUUUGGCCUUCCUGGCCAGUGCCAGCGUGAGCUCUUUCGCUAUGGCCAACAUCCUCAUCGCCCUGCCCUACGUCUUCAUGAUGGUGUUUGGUGGCUUCCUGGUGAAUCUGAACUCCAUGCUCAACUGGUUGUCCUGGCUCAAGUGGAUCAGCAUCUUCAAAUACGGACUUGACGCUGUGACCAUCAAUGAAAUGACAGGCCAGGUGUUCUAUAGCAACCUUACUAUAUUCACAGGAGAGAUGUAUCUGAAAGCUCAGGGGAUGGACUACAGUGUGUGGGGAUUCUGGCAGAAUCAUGUGGCUCUGUUGGGCAUCAUACUGGUGUGUAUGACCCUGGCCUACAUACAGCUACGCAGGAUUAAUCGCUGGAAGUGAUGGACGCGAGCCCAAACACCAGAACAGUGGGAUAUUUAAAGCAGUCAGAUUCCCCCUUUAACCCCAAAUGUAGUCAAUGAGCUGAGACAUGUUUGCACCGGAGCUCCAAGGCUAAUGCAGCUAACAAGUAAUGGAGACACAGGGGAUGAGGAUGAGACAGUUCACGAGUUGAACAAUGAAUAGAAAGCUGGUAUGGCAUCUGUUCAGCCAAAACAAACUGAAAAAAAAACCUGAAAAAACUGAAAAAAAAGUUUUUGUGCGUUGUUUGAGUCAAAUGCUGCAAACUAUUCAUGUUGUCAGAUUUUACCAGUGAUUUCAAUGUCUUGGAACAUUAUUGUGGCUGUCAGUUUGGGGAUUAUAGGUCUCUCCCCAUUCAAACAGACAGGUGUCUGGUCUUGACUGGUAUGACUAGAAAUAACUACCCAGAGACGUUGCCAAGGUUCCUGGCAAGUGGACAGACUUUCCUGUAAGGACUUUGCAUAUAUCCUGCUAGUGUCCUUGUUACAUAGCUAAAAAUGGUAGCAACAGCAGUGCCAAUGCUAUGUUCCCAGGGCCUUAUGGCUAUACGGCAAAUCCAUUUUUUUGCUUUAAAGCCACACUAUCUAAGAUUUGUGGAUUUGGAGACCUCUCUGGUGGAAAUGUGUAAUUGCACGCAAGUUGCGGAACAACAUUUUGUAAUUGGAUGUAAGUGGAUGACUCUCAUGAUGGUGUGUGCAUUGAAACAGAAUUCAAAGAGAACUCAGUCAAAACUUGGUGAAGAAUGUAUCCUCUGAGGAUGUGAAUGAAUUAAUUACUAAUGUUGUCCUAUCUUUAUCAGUAUAAUGUUGAUUUUGCUUUUAAGACCUAAACUUGGAGCUGGAUCUUCUUUUUGAGCCUGUGUGUGUGACUUUUGUACGUAAAGACGUACACCAUGGUCCGAAAAACUCCCGACCCAACGCUGAUUUUUAUCUUCCUAUUUCAGGCUUUACAGGCCGACUCACGACAGUUGCACGCUCACCAUAUUUUAUCACGUCAUACUUUUUUUAAUUUGAACAAUAACUUUUGUGACACAAAUCUGGUCUUUUCAAAUCCGAUCCAAAUCACUUUUCAUAUGUGGUCUUGGAUCAGACACAUAUCCCAUUCACAGCCUUGAGACUUUAAUAAGAAUGGCCAUGUGUUUGUCCAGUGUACAUGCACCAUCCUUCAGCAUAAACAUGACAACCGGGCUCAAGCUGAAGUUAUUCCAGCGCACAUUCCAAUAGCAACGCAUCUGACUUUUUACCUUUAUCUCACUCUAAAAAAUCAGCAAAAUCAUCACUGAAAUAAAGGCUUGUUCUGCUAGUUAGUUUUUUAGAUGUUGCUGUUAUGAUUCAUUUGGUUCAAUCACAUGACUAUUGGUGAGGAUGUGUAUCAUAUCAGAGUGCAGGUCAAUCACAAUAAUGACAGAUAUGGGUCACUUGCAACACAAAUGCAAACCGUUAAAACAAAAAAAGACUGGAUCUGAGCAACCAUUAAAAAAAUGAGCUAAAUGCUGGUAUGCUGGUCAACCAGCAUGACCAUGAUGGGUGACCAGCUAAACCAGCACCAGACCAGCUCUAGACAAGAAUAAACCAGCAUUCAUAUGAAUCUUUGCCAUGCUAUGUUUGCUUAGCUAGCUAAUUAGCUCCCUGAAGCUAACCUAACUGCAUUCCUAUUGAAAAACUCACUGUAUUUUGUCCCCUGAAUGACUUCUGGCCACCCCACGACCAGAACUGUCACCUUAAGAAUGCUUUCAUAAGUUUCCUUACCGUAUUUCAUUGAGGUGUGAUGUAUAAAUAGAAAGCUGAGGGAAUACAGCACCCUGGAAAUGUAAGUUUCAUCUUGAAGCCUGAAUUUUAUCUGUACUUUCAUCCAUUUUUGCAGAUAACAGUGUAACAUACAGUGACAGAAACCACCUAACCGAGCCUAUUAGAGGUUACUUAACAAUUCAACACAGUUUGAGCCGAGUGUGUGAUGAAUUAGGCAUGUAGUUAGCACAGUGCUAGUUGGUAGGGUGUUUCCAUUACUUGUUAGCAAGCAAGCUAGCAAGUUAGCAUUAGCCUCGUAGCUCCAGUGCAAAGAUAAAGCAAGUUGAGACACCGAACAUGUCUUGGCUGACUGACUACAUUUGGAACUGAGGGAAAAUUGUGCAUUUUUCUACAAAGUUCCUUCAAACUCUAUUAUUAUUAAUUUAAAAAUACACCAAUUAUUACACAUGAAGAUUUGUGUUGGACGCUUCUUAAAGGACUGUAUUUGUCAUUUGGACAAACUGGAAUCAAUCUAGUGUGUAUUUGACAGUGAAUUUUUGACAUUUAAAAGCUUUUAAAGAGUCAAGAGUCCCUGAAAAUUCCACAUUUAACUAUAAAAUCAUUACCAGCAAGCAGUCACAUAUUAACUGAGUGGAAAAUGGCGUCUUAUCCCUCCUUUAGCAUAUCUUUUGAGACUCAUUUACUCAGCAUUGCAGCACCAUCUGUUGGACGUUGGUUGUUUUAUGUCUCUUCAGAGAUUAUGAAGAUGAUUUCUUUGUUUUAGCAUUAGGAAUGUCUAUUGGAAUCUAUUUAUUGAUGGAAUAUUCUGUUUGUUGGAACAGUUUCAAAUGUAGGGUUUUUAAUUAUGGUUAUUGUUUUAUUUAAGCGUCUAAUCAAACAGUCUGUGGUUUAGUUUUUGUUUUAUAAUUGUUCACAAUGGUUUAAUGAAAGA